AUGCGGAGGACGAGGCGGCUUCUGUCCACUGGCACCACCGAGGUGUCUGCAGGGGCGGAGGAGACCACGACUCGCGGCGGGGGAAUUCCUUUGGUCCACCCAUGGGCGCCGUCCGAUGCCGUCACCGCAUUGCCGGAAGGGGGCAACAGGGACGAUAUGGACACGGCGCCACCGGUAAAGCGGCUAAAACUACCGGAUAAAGUGCUGACACGCCUCGGAAAGACACCGUCCGCAUCCGGUAGGGGGAACGUUGAGGAGGACAGUGCGGCAGAAGGUGUCGCUGAGGUAAUUCGCUUGAAAAAGCUGGCUGCGGCAAAACAUCACGCGUCAGCGUCGGAUAUUGAGGCAGGUGAUGAUUUGAGAGCGCUGGUUUCGGUGCGCCGAAUUCCUCGACCGCAACCUCGACAAGGCGAGGGUCAGCAGCGAAGGGGAGAAUUGAAUCCACCAGCCGAGCAUUUUGCCAAUAGCAAUGAUGAAUUUAUUCGCUUUGCCGCUACAGGAGGGGCUGAAGACAGUGACUCUUCUUCUCUAAUCUCAUCUUGGUCGGAUGAAAAAUUACAGGAUGAUGACGGCAAUGCGGAUGCGCGUGCGGAAAAGCAAAGGAGGGUGAUCGAUCGACACUUUGCCGGCUAUGAGAGCGAAAACAUUGAAUCUCUUUCAGAAGAGGAAGAGGAAGAGGAAGAGGAGGAAGAAACCAGCGGGAGUGAGAGCUCUGAAAAUGAUGAUGGAGGUGAAGAUGAUAAGGAUAAUAAUAUUCCGCCCAAGAACGAAGGAGACCGAGCUGGAUUUGGUCUUCUUGAACGCCGGCGUCAGCAGCAAAGGGAACAACAAGCGCAAAAAGGGAAAAUGGGGGCGGUCAGGGAUGAGGGUGGAGUGGAUGCUGCGACCAACCACAAUAGUGACCGCCGUUACCGCUACACUUCGAUGUUCUUUGAGAUGCACAUUGCCCGAGAGGCCAUGCGUCCGUGCCACCACACACUUAUGUGUCUGAGCGGGCCCGUCACUGUUCAGGGCCCUUGUGGCAUCAUUGGGUUUGGUAUUGGUGAAGUUGCCGUUGGUGGUUUCUUUCUCGGAAAGAAACAAAUUAAUCUUUACAGUGAAGCCGAUAGGGUUGUUUUGACGCCUGUGCAACGCCUAAAAAGCAAGAAUGCGGGUUUGGAGUCUCUUCCGGUGCCAGUGCCAUUCUCUUUCAAGGCAAAAAACGACCCGGUCACUGUCGUUCCUCCGACGAUACGAGAAAGUUAUGAGGAUGCGGCGGACGAUAAUGACGUGGAGAUUUUUGGCGCUAUUGAUUGGGUUUGGGUGGAGACAACCAUUAGGUCUUGGCGGGGACGAUUUGCGAACAAGAUGCCAAGCAUUGUGCUAGUUGUGCAGCCAUAUGAACCUUACGGUCUGCCCCCAACGCGCCGGCAUCGUCUUAAAGGGAAGGGGAAGAAAUUAAACGACGCUUUUAUGGACGUUCCACGCUUUGUUGCACGUGGAAAUGAUGUUGGUAUUGAUGCGGUCUUGUUACCGGAGGUAAUUCCUGCCAUUGUGAAGCAAGCCACCGGCGUGGUGGUUGUGUUGGGUUCACAGAACAUCGGCAAGUCGACUCUUGCGCGGUUUAUUACAAAUGCCCUAUUUUCACAGCAUGGUGUCUGCUACUGGCUCGAUUUGGAUCUCGGACAGCCGGAGUUUUCUCCCCCUGGGGUAUUUUCUCUCUACUGCGUUAAACAACCUCUUCUUCGCCCACGUGACACAAAGAAGGUUAAACUUGUGAAGGGGUUUUUCCUCGGCGGCUCACGUCCGCGUUGCCCAGUAGCGACAGCGAUCGCCAUUGAGCAGCUUUGUGCCAUCGUUGGGCCACUGCAGCGACGGUUUCCUGUCGUGGUGAACACACACGGUUGGGUGCUUAGCACGGGACGGCGCAUGACGGUGGAGGCGAUACGCCGCCUACAACCCAAGCACAUUGUUCACUUGGUGAAGGAAGGGGAGACACGCUGGGCGCGCGACAGCGAGUUGCUCAUGUGUCCUACCAAAGGCCUCAAUUCGGAGGUUCUGCACAAAAGGUUUUUUGUGCGCCGUGCCGAGUUGGAAAACACGAAAAGGAAAGUGAACGACGUCAUUGGGCGUCUCCCGUACCCGCAUUCCGUCAUGAAUAGACCGGAGUAUGCUACUACCGCUGAGUGGUCUGGGAGAGUGCAUACGGUAAACGUAACGCGGAGCGAGGGAUCACUGCAGCAGGGUAUACAGCCUAAAGCCUCUGCUAUUCGUAGUGCCAUUUGGCAGCAGCAUUUGGCGCCUAUAUUCUGCUAUUACGAGACCUUGGAUGAGAAGCGGCGGCAGAAUGGUGGGAGCGAGUUGCAACUGACAGAAGCGGAUGAGUCCACGACGUUGUUCAAGGGUCAACUGAGGCAGUUUGAUUCGAUUGUGCUUGCCGGCGUGGACGAUGCCCGUGAUAUGACGGACGAUAUGGUGUGCGCGGCACUGGAGCACAGUGUUGUGGCGCUUUCGUUUUCCCUUGUCCCUUCUUCUCCACCUCUCGCGUGUGUUACCCAGCGGCAGGAGGCGUCAAAUGGACCGUUGGGAAAUUACCGUAGUUUAAUGGACAUGCCCAAAGGGUUCUCUUUCUCGUGCUUUGGAUUCGUGGAGAGCACCGAGGCGGAGAUGCGCGUUUCAAAGGAGGUGAAGAUACGCCUGCCGUACCACCGCGACGUUGUGCGCGGCAUGUUGUCAAAAGAAGACGACACGAAGAUGAUUCGAGUCUCCCUCGCGUGCACACUGGCCGCCUGCACCGAUACCGCGGCGCUGGAGGCCUACUUUUACGGGGGCGAUGAAGGGGGAAAGUGA